UUGGGGAUCCUUCAGUGGCUUUUCACUUGCAUGAACACAACCGUAGACCCCCCCAGGAUCUAAAGAUGUGGACAGAAGUCGGAAAGCUUGUGCUAUUCCAUUUGUUACUCAUGGAGCUCCAUUACGCUAAAGGAACUAAUACAGAGACAGAGUGUGAAGCAGGACAGUUUCAGUGCAAGAACGGACGGUGCAUCCCGACCCUGUGGAGAUGUGAUGAUGAUGAUGAUUGCUCAGACAGCAGCGAUGAGGAGAACUGUCCAAAAACGACAUGUGCGACCACGGACUUUGCCUGUAAGAAUGGACAGUGCGUCCCUGCCAGGUGGCGCUGUGAUGGAGAGCCGGAGUGUGCAGACGGUUCAGACGAAGCUGACGCAAUCUGCAGCCGACAGACCUGUCCGCCUGAGAAGUUUGAUUGCGGAGGGGCUGCCAGCAAAUGCGUUUCGUUGUCAUGGCGAUGCGACGGAGAGAGGGACUGUGAGAACGGGGCAGAUGAGGACCAGUGCGCUGCAGAUGCCAAGGCCUGCCCCUCCAAAGAUUUCCAGUGCCGUAAUGGGAAGUGUGUGGCACCAAUCUUUGUGUGUGAUGGCGACGAUGACUGCGGGGACGCCAGCGACGAGGAGAAGUGCAUGGCUCUCACCUGCGGCCAGCACGAGUUCCGCUGCAAUGACUCUGAGUGCAUUCCCGCCCUGUGGAGUUGCGACGGCGACCCGGACUGCAAGGAUAAGUCGGACGAGUCCAUGGAGCGCUGCAGCCGGAGGACGGAGCCCCAGAAGCCUCGCUGCCCAGUGGGAGAGUUCCAGUGUGGCAGCGGGGAGUGUGUCCACAUGAACUGGAAGUGUGACGGAGACGCGGACUGCAAAGAUAAAUCGGAUGAAGCAAACUGUGCUCUGCUUACAUGUCGACCUGAUGAGUUCCAGUGUGGCGAUGGAUCCUGUAUCCACGGCACCAAACAGUGUAAUAAAGUUCACGACUGUCCGGACUACAGUGAUGAAGCUGGCUGUGUCAACAUUACAAAGUGUGACGGGCCAAGAAAGUUCCGCUGUAAGAACGGGGAGUGUAUUGACAGCAGCAAGGUGUGUGACAAUGUGAAAGACUGCAAGGACUGGUCUGAUGAACCGAUGAAGGAGUGUGGCCUGAAUGAGUGUGCAGACAAUAAUGGCGGCUGCUCCCACAUCUGCAGGGACCGCGGAAUUGGUUAUGAGUGCGACUGUCCUUCUGGGUACAAACUCCUGGACAAAAAGACUUGUGGAGAUAUAGAUGAAUGUGAGAACCCAGAUGCCUGCAGUCAGAUCUGCAUCAACUACAAAGGAGAUUAUAAGUGUGAAUGCUACGAAGGCUACGAGAUGGACCCUGCCUCUAAGACCUGCAAGGCUGUCGGAAAGAGUCCGUACCUGAUGUUCACCAAUCGCCAUGAGAUCCGUCGCAUUGACCUGCUGAAGAAUGAAUACACACAGGUGGUUCCCACACUGAAGAACGCAGUGGCCCUGGAUGUAGACGUGUCCACCAACAAGAUGUUCUGGUGUGAUCUAUAUCAUCGUAAAAUAUACAGUGCUUACAUCAACAAGGCCAGUGACUCAUCGCAGCAAGUGACUCUCAUCGACUCGCUCCACUCUCCCGAGGGCCUGGCCGUCGACUGGGUCCACAAGAACAUCUACUGGACCGACUCCGGCAACAAGAGCAUCUCCGUCGCCACAGGAGACGGCAGGAAGAGAAAAGUGCUGAUAGCCACUGAGCUGAGCGAGCCGCGGGCCAUCGCAGUGGAUCCAUAUCAAGGGUUCAUGUACUGGUCAGAUUGGGGAGGUCAGGCCAAAAUUGAGAAGGCCGGGAUGAAUGGAGUGGACCGACAAGUUCUGGUGUCCGAACACAUCGAGUGGCCCAAUGGAAUCACCCUGGACUUGUCUAACAGACGUCUCUACUGGGUGGACUCCAAGCUGCACCUGCUGUCCAGUGUGGAUCUGAAUGGAGACAACCGCAAAGUGCUGCUGUCCUCCCUUCACCACCUGGGACACCCCUUUGCCCUCACUGUGUUUGAGGAUCGCAUAUAUUGGACAGACUUGGAGGAUGAAGCGAUAUACAGUGCCAACCGACUGACGGGACACGAUGUGGUAAAGGUGGCAGAGCACCUCAACAACCCUCUGGACCUGGUGGUGUUUCAUGAACAGAGGCAACCCAAGGCCCAAGAUACCUGCAACAUCGGCAGUCUGCCUAACGGUGGCUGUGAAUACCUCUGCCUGAAGGCCCCCCAGAUCACAGACCACUCUCCCAAGUACACCUGUGCCUGUCCUGAUGGCAUGGAGCUGGGACCAGACAUGAGGCGCUGUGCUAUAGUUCGACCCAGAACAACCACAACAGCUGCUCCAACCACCACCACCAGCAGCAUCAUCACCACCACAACUCCCACCACAACCACUGCAACAAGCGCUUCAGCAACUAGCACAACUGCUACCACCACCACGACUCCCCCCACCACCACCUCCACCUCCGCUUCCACCACAAGCUCCAGCACCACCACCUCUGCUGCUGUGACACUCAAGCCCACAACCAGACGCCUGUCGACAUCUCAGACCCCCCGGAGAACCUCCACGGAGCAGCCUCGGACCCCCGCUGCCACGAGUACAGAGACGACCAGUUUCAGCAGCACAAGUCAGACGUCCACAUCCACAUCCACACACACACCUCUACUGGGUCCCGUGGCCCCCAACAGCAUUCAGAGAGAGAGCAACGCCAACCUCUCCCACAGAGGUAAGGAUCAUGCUGCGAGUGAUCACUACCUCAUAGGUAACAACAUCACAGUAGCUGUUCUGGGGAUAGUCAUUCCUAUCGUCCCUAUCCUUGCCACAGUGGUCAUCGGAUUACUCUGCACCGGCGGGUACCUGGUUUGGCGCAACUGGCGACGCAAGAACACCAAGAGCAUGAACUUCGACAACCCUGUCUACCGCAAAACCACGGAGGAUGACGACGACGAAAUCCACAUCGGGCGACACAGCGAGUCCAUUGGUCACGUGUAUCCAGCAGUGAGUGGCAGCCACAGUCAGCCAUUCAUAGCCCUUCCUCUAGGGGGCGGCGUCACAGACAGCAACUCUCACUGGUACUCAGGGGCACCGAUGCUCUCCAGCGGAAAAUGAGAGAAGUUGCAGAGGAAAGGAAGGAGUGUGGAAUAUUUGGGAUAUGGAAGCAUGGGCGGGGGUUUUUGGAAAAGCCCGUUUGUUGUACAUGUAGGCCUGGUGGAAAGAAAGAACAGGCUUGCACACACGCACGCCCACAAUCUCACACAUCAUUUUUGCAGUAAUCACUGAAAACAGCAAUCCUACACACACAUAAGCCCUUCACGAGUACAUCAUAUUCACAUUGAUUUCACCUUCAUGACCAUAAUCAUACAGUACAUAUUUUUAUCACAUCUUUGUUGCCAACCUGCCAUCCCAUGUACUUGUACAUUGUGUUAGUCUUUCCGGUGGUUGAAGUGUUUGUUACUGGGCGACAUAUUUUUUAUGAGGCCCCCUUUUCCUGACAAAACUCCUUACAUAGAUACAUAGCAGCUGAUGCAAAAGUGAAUCUUUCUCAAUGUGGUAGCUUCCAAUGUUAGUGUUGAAAGGUCUUUGAGGACAAAGAGGACGAGCUGACCGAGAGGACAGCAGAGCACGCGACCAUUCUGCAAAUAAAUUAGAUUUGUUUUUGGGGUGGAUAGUAGCAUCAUAAUGUUGCCCUCGAUUUAAUGUUUCCGUUACAGUGUAAAUAAGACACGGCAAAAAUAAUUGAUCUCAUAUUCUAUCUUGAGUGCAGUUGCAGAAACCAUGAAUCUCCUCAUUUCAUCAGUUGCAGGCUACACUGUUGAUUUCUUAUUGAUUCAAAUGCAUUUUUUGAGAACCGCUUAUUAGGAAUGAAGCUUUCUACAAUGUCCGGAAGCAGUGCCAGCUGUGAGGCGCACAAACUAUUUUUUAAACGUAUCAGACCCUUAUGACAUGUAUUUCAUAUAUGUGUUGCUUUAGCUAUCGGAAAGCAAGCAGGGAAGGGCAGCCAAAAGGGAUUAUAGGGGGGUGGGAGUCUAGCGCUUUGAUCGGUUGGCAUGGUAACACACAUUUCUUUGUGUUGCUCCAGAGAGAAAGAAGGCAAAGAAUUCUGUGUACCAUUGGCAUGAUGGCAGGCUGCGCACACACACACUGGGGAAACAGGUGCACAAGUCAUAUUGAGAUUCAAGGUCAAAUUAGCAACCACUCUCGAUGAUGGGGAUGUGAGGGAACUUCCUCUCCCUCUCUCAUCUUUUAUAAUUUACAUCUGCACAAAUCUCUUUUAUUGUCUUCUAUUUUCUUUUACAUGUUUUCUUCCUCGUCUGUCCUCUUCUUUCCUCUACUCUCACCUCCUUUCCUUUUGUGGCAGUUUGGCAACUCAGACAGCCAGAGAAAUCAGGCUGGCAUCAUUUGGGCCAGACAUUUUCAGCCGUAGGCAAGCAUCCUGCAUUCCUCGCAGAGGAGCAGCCAGAGAAGCAGGGAAUGAAUAAGGGAGGGAAUUGGAAAGAGGAGAAGAGGAAGGUCAGGGACAAGAGGGAGAAGGAGAAUGGUUUAUAUAGGAACCUGCCAUUUCUGUUUCUGGGUGCCAUCUAGACUUGAAUCUCUCUUUUUCUCCUGAUUUCUUUCUUUAUUCUCCGUCCAUCAUGCUACUUCUGUUUCUUUUUGUGUAUCUCUCUCUGUGUAUCUCUCUCUCUC